AUGGAGAAAAGGCUAAGGGAGCUGACCGAGCAAGUUGAAGGGCUUAAGAAACAAGCCACCCCGGAUGCUUACUCACUGGUCGGGCGUCACCCCUAUCCGCUUGAGAUCAUGACAACACCGCUUCCGAUAGGGUUCAAGCCACCUCCCUUUGAUCGGUAUGAUGGGACUACCAACCCGACCGACCACAUCAACUACUUCAACGCAAUGAUGACCAUGUACGGUGGGACAGAGAUUGUUUCUUGCCGAGCUUUCCCCUCGUCCCGAAUGGGUGCGACAACUUCUUGGUUCUCUUGGCUACCACCAAACUCUAUUACAAGCUUUGCCCAACUUUGUCGAGCCUUCGUCACGCGUUUCCAAAGUAGCAUGAAGCAUAAGAAGAUGACAGUGAACCUCUUCAGCGUGAAGCAGAGGUCGGACGAGUUGAUCCGGUCGUACGUCUCUUGGGUCAACAAAGAAUCCCUAGAUGUUAGGGACCUGGAUGAAGCCACAGCUCACACCGCGAUGAGCAAUGGACUUGCACAUGAGGACCUGAUCAAGGACCUGGCUCAAAAAUCGACCAAAAGUAUGGCCGAGCUCCUUGACAGCUGUAACAAGUUCUCAAACAUGGAAGACGUCCUCCAAGCACGCAAGGGGAAAGAAAGCAAAAGUGAGAAGAAGAGGUCAUCCACUGGCGACCGAAAAGAUGAGAAGAGGACCCGGACUGAUUGUCGAUCUAAAAGGGCUGACCGAGCUCGAAGUCCCAACUACACUCCCUUGAAUGCGUAG